AUGGAGAAUGUUAGGAAACACAAAGAUGUUCAAUUGGUUACAAGAUGGUCUUGUCGAUAUGGUGCAUCAGACCUUAUUUGUAAACCUAACUUCCAUAGUCUUACUAUCUUCGACAAAGACAUGGUUAUAAUGGAAAUGAAAACAACCCAGGUAUAUUUCGAUAAACCUAUUUACACUGGGUUCACGAUUCUAGAUUUAUCAAAGACAUUUAUCUAUGAUUUCCACUAUAACUAUGUCAAACAGAACUUGACAAACCAACAAUCUAAGUUGAUGUACACAGACAUUGACAGUUUAAUUAACCAUUUUACAGUACCAGACAUCUACGAAAUCAUGAAACGUGAUAUUUCAAAAUUUGAUACGUCGGACUACCCCUCACAAAAUUCGUACAAUAUCCCGCUUGCCAACCAAAAGGUCCCAGGUCUGAUGAAAGAUGAGAAUAAUGGGAAAAUUAUGACUCAUUUCAUCGGACUUAGGGCCAAAUUAUAUGCAUACAAAAUUAUGAAUGAUAACAACACUAAAAAACGAGCAAAGAGAAUCAAAGCUCCGACGUUGCGAACUAUCGCGUUUGAUGAUAUCGAGAGAUGUCUUCACGAUCACAUUAACUUGACGAAAAAACAGUACUUAAUCAAAAGUUCAAAACAUGACGUGACGACAGUAGCACAGCACAAAAUAGCCUUAAGCUGA